AUGCCCAAACGAAAGUAUUGUGAGCAUCCGACAAAACAUGUAAACUCUACUUGUAUACCGAAAGGAGUAGUGUCUGUAUCGCCACAUCCAUCGAUGUUUUUGAUUUCUCGAUAUGAUGCGGCUGACGACCGAAUACGCUGGUUAUGUCCAAGAUGUCAUGCAUUUGAAUGGAAGGAAAUUAUGACUCGUCAAUCAAUGGAUUUAACCAAUAAUGAGAGCCCAAGUGAAGGUGAAGCCAUGGCAGAAGACUCUUCUGUUCAUGACGAUGAAAAUGAUGAUGCUGCCAAUGGUGAAUUUAACGAUUUGAAUGAGGAAGAAGAACAGAAUGCUCUAAUGGAUAGUGGCAUCAUAGCUGCGUUGAAAGACGAUGAUGAUAAUUUGUGA